GGGGCUUCCUGCCGCCGCCUCGGCAGAGCCGGCAGCGCCAUGGAGCGGCUCCGGUUCCCGCGGCUCCCGCGGCUCCUGGCCGCCGCAGUGAUUGUGGAGUGCUGUGCACGGCUCUGCCCUGGUCUCGGCAGCGGGACGGGCUCUACGCUGAGCACCGCCAUCCCCUGCACCCGCCUGGGGACCGCGACGCGGGAGCGCUGCCGGACAGAUCCGGAGCGAGGAGCUGGCAUGGGGCGGGCGCCGAUGCCAGAGGCCGUGGGGCAGCUGCAGACAGAGGCUGGGCUGCUGCCCUUCCCUGGGACCCCUGCCGGGACUGCCGAGCCCCCCAGCUCCCAGGGGAGCACCCGGACAGGCGGGGAGGGGACAGGGCCCGCGGCGUGGGAUGGAACAGCCACCGAGCGCCCGGGGCUCCCACUCUUUGCAGGCACCACUGAGCGGCCAUCCCCUGCCCCAGCACCUGCGGAGCCAGACACAGCUCCUACCGCCGGAUCUCCCCCCGGGACUGACCCUGUAGGAAAUGUGAUGGUGGAAGGUGCCACGACCCCGCACGGGAGCCCCUCGCAUUCGCCAUCCUCCGUGACGGUGCCCGGCUCUGCCGGGGGGCGGUGGGGGUCCCCCAGCACCCUGCCAGGACAGAGCCCCACGGGGACAGGGCUUGCACAGAGACAGGGGGGCUCACAGGGCCCUUCGUCCCUGGAGCUGUGGGCUGGGGAGGGCACAGGUGCCACCGUCCCGCUGGGUGACGGCAGCCCAGGGACUCAUCCGAGCAUUGCGCCAGCCACGGGUAGCCCUGCGCUGGGGAUGACGGGGAUGUCCCCCUUUGUCGGGGGGCUGCAGAGGCUGCUGAGCCCCGCGGGGACACCGCAGGGGACAUGGCAGGGGCUGCCAGGGCCGGCAGGAGGACGGGCCUCUGACUCCCGCCCGUGGCAUGGGACGGACAUCGCCUGGCAGGGUGCCCGCUCUGCCCCUCGCACCUCUCUGCCAUCCCUGGGGGCUGGUGGCCGCGGGGGCCCCCUGGCCAGCACAGCCCAGCCAGCCGUGGGGACAGGCCCAACCUCGCUGCCUGCCACAGGCAAGGGGUCGGGUCUGCCUGUCCCCACCGCCACCGCCAGCACCCCAGGGGUGACAUCCCCGAGCCUGGGGGGAGCCCUGGACCCAACCACGGGGGUGUUGGGGCCACCCGACACAGAGGGUACCCCUGAGCACAGCCACGUCUCCCUGGUCCAGACCUGGCGCCCACCAGCCAUGCCAGGGCAGCCCCCCACCUCGGUGGCCCCCAGCAGCACCGUUGCGGCACAGAGCAGGGUGCUGUACACCAGCACAGGGUCCCCCCGCAUCCCCCCGUCCCCGCAGCCCUCCCCAACUGGCAGUUCUGCAGUGCCCCUGUCACCGACCCCACAGCCCUCCCCAGGGACCAGCCGGGGUGUCCUGGGGCUCAGCCCUGCUUUGGGCACCCCCCCGGCAGGGCCAUCCCUGGGGCACUGGAUGCCCCACCCCAGCUCGGGGGGGGAUCCUGCUAAGACCCCCCAAAUCAUGGGGGGGACCACGGUGGGGGUAGGCGAUGCCAUGCCCUGGGCAGCGACUGCUUCGCUGAGCUGGCAGCUGGGCAUCUCUGCCCCCCCCCUCAGCCCCUGGGCCCCCCCAGCAGCCGGCUGCAUCCCAGUCUGCAUCUCCCCUGGGGCUGACCACCGCUGUCGGCAUCACCGCCACCGCUGCCACUGCUGUCACCACCACCACCGCCACCACAGCUGCCACCGCCAGCCCAGCACGGCUCAGGGACGUGGGGACAGUCACGACGGAGCCCGGUGCUGCGGUGUUGCAGGGGAAUGCAGCAGGGCUGACGUGGGGGCCCCCAACUCAUCUGCCCACCGUGGUGCCAGGGCCCCCACAGCAGCCCACUGAUCCCCCUGGG